CCAAAAUUCUUACUUCACGAUGGACUCGGAUGAUGGCAAAACGACGAAGAGCAGCUGCAAUCGGUUCAGCAACGUGAAGGACGCUGCCAAGCAACGGGUUAAUGCUGUCCAUGCCUCCUUGUUCGGGAGUAAAGAGGGAAAUGGAGAUCUGGCGACGGUGGUGGUGGUAGGAGGAGGCUAUGGUGGCGUCCGUGUGGCCAAGGAUCUCGAUACAGCCAGCAGCAGCAGCAAAGACUUUCAAGUCGUUCUCAUUGACCGAAAGAACUAUUUCCUCAACAAUAUAGCCGGUGUCCCGGCGGCCGUGCAAAAAGGCUACGCCGACAGCAUGUGCAUUCCAUACGACAAACUAUUCUCCGAACGCGGCAACAGCACUUUUUUGCAAGCAGAAGUGAGCGAAAUUAGAAAGGACAGUGUAUUGGUACAAGGACACGAGGAACCCUUGUACUUUGACUAUUGCGUGAUUGCCACGGGAAGCAGCUAUUCCUUCCCCUUCAAGAUUGCCGACACAUUGCAGCAAGAUGCCGUGGAGCGAUUUGGAAAAAUACCCGAUCUGAUUGCCCAAGCAGAUCACAUUGUCGUGGCAGGAGGUGGAGCCGUUGGAUGCGAAAUGGCGGGGGAGAUCAAAACGUGCUUUCCUGGGGAGAACAAGCGUGUCACGCUGGUGCACAGUCGAGAGGCUCUCCUCCCGGGUGAUGUAAAAGAUGAACUUCGCGACAAGACUCUCAAGGCACUCCAACAGCUGGGGGUCCAUGUGAUUUUGGGGGAGCGAUUGGUCGAUGGUCUUGACACCAACAAUUCACCGGAGGAUACUACAAGUACUACCGACGAAAACGUUCAAAAUCAAAGUUUUCUCAGUGGCAAGCGCCGCAAGCUCCAAACAAACCAAGGCACCGAGCUGGAGGCCGACUUGGUUUUCUUGUGCUGGGGAGCUGCCGUCAAUUCGGCCAGCUUGCGAGCUCAUUUUGGCAGUGAGCUCAUUGACAAAGGGCCGAACAGGGAUCGCAUCUCGGUGGAUCCAAAGACAUUACUUAUCGGAAACACAGACAACAUCUUCGCCAUAGGAGACGUCGCAGCGCUCGAAUCCAAAAUGGCAUGUUAUGCUGGAGAACAAGGCUCCUAUGUGGCCAAGAAACUGAUUGCCACUAUUGUUGCCAACAAAAAAUUUCAGAAUGCUGGCGAUGUCGAACCCUACCGGUACUGGGGACACCCGUACCCUGCCAUGAUGGUUCCGCUCGGAGGAAAACUGGGCUACAUGCAAACGCCUUGUGCCAAGGGAAACAUUCUGGGCUCUCCCUUUGCCGCCAUGGGUAAAAACCAUCUCAUCAAGAGCUGGGCUCUCACGGUUCGCCCUGCAUGUUCCUUCAAAUGCCCCUUCACGUUUAUCAGCAACAAUCAAACCAACCAACAGUCCGACAAAGAAGAUUUGGCCAAGGCACUCGGAUUGUCUCACGAGGAUGCCCUUCUGGCGAUUGAGCGUGGCGCUUUUCCUAUUACCCACGAUGCCGCCACUGAUGGCCGAACUAGCACCUGAUAAGGCGAACUUUCACUACUUGCUAGCUUAUUUCAUGUGUGACAAAGGAUUUAUAGCUACUAUACUACAGCACUAUAACAGUUACAUGUCUUUGUUCUCUCCAAGU